GGAGAUCCCAGCAAGUAACAUGACCAAAAAGAAGCGGGAGAAUCUGGGCGUAGCUCUAGAGGAUCCCAGCCAUCUUGAAAAUGGAAAAGCUCUGUCACCCAUCUCUUCCUGCUGGGUGUGCUGUCUUUCAGAUCGAUGGGCUGGAGGAGAAGCUGUCACAGUGUCGGAGAGAGCUGGAGGCCGUGAACUCCAGGCUCUAUGGGGCAGAGCUGAGCCCAGAAGCCAGGAGGUCCCUGGAGAAGGAGAAAAGCAGCCUGAUGAGCAAAGCCUCCAACUAUGAAAAGUUUGGGCCUGGAUCUGUAGCCAAAAGGCUGUGAGGAUCUGGGCUAAUUGGAGAGGGAGGCCAGUCAUUCUCAUGGACUCUACGGCUGCAAUACCUCUGCGCUCAGCAGGGUGUGCAGUCCUGUGGGUCAGGCAGAGACAGAUGGGCGGAGCAGCGGACGCUCGAAACCUCCACCCCACCACCGUGUUCCCUCACAGAGAAGGAGCUGAAGUUGCUUCGCCAGGAGAACCGGAAGAACAUGCUGCUCUCCGUGGUCAUCUUCAUCCUCCUGACCUUCCUCUACGCCUACUGGACCACGUGAGCCUGAGAUUUCCGCAGGCAGCGCGGGCUUCCCCUCAGCUCCAUGGUCCUGGCCGAGCAGGCCCUUCAAGCUUCAAGAGGACCAAGGUCCUAGGGCCGUUUCUCCCUGACCCAGACACUAGAGCAGGGCGUCCUCUUGUCUCCGGUCCUGCUGUGGGGCUGGGGUCUCCAGAAGGACCCUGUACUGCCUUAGCCCAAGGGAAAGGCAAUAAAGAACAUUCCAUCUGCUC